CCACGAUUUCCUUCAAAACGAAAAAAAUGGCGGCUCGCUGACUGUGGAGCGUCUUUUUCAAGAUCUAACUAUUUUACGGAAAAGGGACCCCUUUAUAAAAAAUAUUACAACAAGUACACAUGAUGGCCCCCAAAAGGAAAAAGCCCCCAGGUUCUGGAGAUAACCCAGUUGAUGAACGUGAGGAGUCACCAGGUCCAUCCAUGUUGCCAAACAAACGACGCAAGAAGUCUCUACAAUAUGACCCUGUGGAUAUUUGUCAGGAACUUUAUGACACUAUUAGAAACUACAAAACAGAAGAUGGAAGAUUGAUCUGUGAGACCUUCAUCAGAGCUCCAAAGAGAAGAACGGCAGCUGAUUACUAUGAUGUGGUCAGUACUCCUAUAGAUUUACUAAAAAUCCAGCAGAAGCUGAAAACAGAAGAAUAUGAAGAUAUAGACCAGUUGUCUACAGACAUUGAGCUAAUGAUCAACAAUGCCAAGUCAUAUUACAAGAAAGAUUCCCAAGAGUACAAAGAUGCUUGCGAUAUGUGGGAACUAUUUAAUGAAACUCGGAGUGAGGUGAUAUCCGAGGCUUUUGGAGAACUUGUCCCUGGAGAUAGGCGAGCAGGCCGUGCCAUAGCUACCGACAGUGAUGAUCUGGAUGAUGACAAGGAAAGCUCUAACGACAGCAGCUUGAUGCCUGUGGAGCCAGACACUCCGGAGGACCUUGAAAGCCUCUUUACAUCUGUAAUGAUGGCCCGAGAUGGGGAAAGAGAGAUCAGUCCUGCCUUCCACUUACUGCCUUCCAAGUCUUUUAGUGGCAGAAAGAAAUACCCUGAGUAUUACCAGAUAAUAAAACAGCCAAUUGACAUGAAGAUAAUUGGUCAGCGCUUACAAGCAGGAGCAUACACAACUCUGGACGACCUGGAAAAAGAUUUUCUAUUGAUGGCCAAAAACGCCAAAACCUUCAACGAGCCUAAAUCCCUUAUCUACAAGGAUGCACAGACACUGAAGAAGGUGGUUCAGACAAGGAAGGUGGAUAUACAGAAUAAAAUUAUCCCUAAACCAGGGGAGAGAGCAAGCCGAUCCCGGGAUAAGUGCAGUUGGUCCUCCUACUGUGCCAAUCUGCCAUACCCUGUUGAGGAGACGUUUGAACCCCCUGUAUCCCAGGACUCAAACAUGAGCAUGGACUACGAUGAUGAUUCUGGCACAGAAACUGUUGUGUCAGAGCUGGAGGAAGGUGACCCCUACUGGGCCUUACUCAAUUACAUCAAGGCUUUCAAAGGUCCAUCUGGGACUCCUCUUUGUGAGCCCUUCCUUAAACUUCCCAGUAAAAGGUUUUAUCCCGACUAUUAUGAGGAGAUUAAGAAGCCUAUGUCACUGUCAAAUGUUCGCAAGAAGCUGAAGUACAAACAGUACAGAAGUUUGGAUAAGCUGACAACAGAUAUAAAUCUUGUCUUUGAAAAUGCCAAGCAGUACAAUGCUGACGAGUCCAAAAUAUACCAGGAUGCUGUGACCUUGCAACAGGUGAUGUGGGACCGGAAACAUGAACUGGAGCGUGGGGACUCCAAGGACGUUUUCAUGGAGGAACUUUCUUCUCAAUCUGAUUUCCCCUCCAGUGUGAAGUCUGGUCAUAGCCUUGACUCCAUGGAUGAUGAUAGCCACAAGUCAAGACACCGCCGAAGUGGAUCUGGAGCUCCCGACAGUGACAAAAAGCGUGCUAAGCGGGCCACACCUGAGGAUAUGAUGAGGCGCAGACUUUGGACUAUCUAUAAAACAGUACAUGACUAUUCAGAUACUGAUGGCCGACCUUUGAGGAUGAUCUUCAUGGAGCUGCCAUCAAAACGUGAUUAUCCGGAUUACUAUCAGGUCAUACUUCAGCCUAUAGACAUGGUCACUAUUGAGGCUAAAAUCAAGGGCGAGAAGUACUACAGUGAGAAUGAGCUGAUUGUAGACUUUGAGUUGAUGUUUAACAAUGCCCGUCACUAUAACGAGGAGGAAUCUCAGGUGUACAAGGACGCUAACACACUGGAGAAGUUAGUCAAGAACAAGUGGAGGAACAUGCUACAGACAAUGGAAGCCCGGAAGGCUCUCAGCAGGAAUGUGAAGACAAAUGUGUGUGAAAAGUCGACAAGGAUGAAGGAUAAGAAAGUGACCCCACUUCCUACUAAACUCCAGGAUAUCUACAACACUAUCCAUAACUACCAGGAUGCUCGAGGACGUGCUCUCGCCACACCCUUCCUCAAACUUCCCCUUAAAACCGAGUACCCAGACUACUAUGAGGUGAUUAAGAAGCCUGUCGACAUGCAGAGGAUCCAACAGAAGCUGACAGCCUCCCAGUAUGAAUCUGUAGAAGACAUGGUGGCUGACUUUGUUCAGAUGUUUGACAAUGCCUGCAAAUAUAAUGAGCCAGACUCUCUAAUCUACAAGGACGCCCUGACACUACAGAGAGUUUGUCUGGAGAAGAAGUUGGAGAUGAGCAAUGACGGGGUCAAUGAUAUUCCUGACGUGCGGGCCGCUGUCCAGGAGAUGAUGACUAGUCUGUUUAUAUCUACUUACAAUUUCCAGGAUGAGGAAGGGCGUUGUUACAGUGAUUCUUUCGCUGAACUUCCUGAACGUGACCCAGAUGAAGAUCUAGAAACUUCCAAACAAAAGGAAAAACCUCUGUCAUUUGACCAAAUUAAAAGAAAUUUAGACAAGGGUAGAUACAGACGUUUUGACAAGUUCCAGGAAGAUAUGUUUGAAGUGUUUGAAAGAGCUCGACGACUAAGCAGGACUGACUCUCAGCUGUACGAAGAUGCUGUAGAGAUGCACUUGUACUUCAUCAAAACAAGGGAUGAGACAUGCCGUAAUGGUGAGAUACUGCUCACUCCCGCCCUCAGCUACACAGAGCGCCACCUACAGGCCUCUCUGGAUGCAGAAAAGAUUGAGAAGUUACCAAUGGAGCAACAAAGCAUGGAGGAAAAGCGUGCCCGGCAGGAGGCAGAAGAGUACAACACACCGAGUGAAGGUGGUCUGGACAGCUUUAGGUAUAAAGAGGAGACUUUCCAUGUAGGAGACUUUGUCUACAUAGAACCACGGGAGAAGGGCCAGGAACCCCACAUCAUGUGUAUAGAGAAGUUGUUUGUGGACCAGACAGACACACAAAUGUUACAUGGUAACUGGUUUUACAGACCAAAUGAGACUUUCCACCUUGCUACUCGCAAGUUCCUGGAAAAGGAAGUGUUGAAAAGUGAUUCGUACACCAGUAUCCCCAUCACACAAGUCCUAGGAAAGUGUUUCAUCAUGUUUGUCAAGGAUUACUUCAAGUACAGACCCGAGGGUAUAGCCGAUCAUGAUGUGUAUGUGUGUGAAAACAGAUAUGUUGCUAAACAUAAGUGCUUCAAGAAAAUCAAGAUCUGGCAGUCUACCAAGAACGAGCAUGUGAGUGUUGUCCCACGUGACAUCCCACUGGUGCCGGUCCGUGUGUCCUCUGUGUUUGCAGACAAGGAGAAGGAUAUCAUUGAUGAUGGUGACAAUAGCAUACUAGACAAAAAGAGGCGGGAUGUACAAAUAGAGAUCCCUAAUGGAGAGGAAGGGUGUGUAUACUACGAUCAACUCAACACUGCAGCGGGCACUCUAAAACUAGGUGAUGGAGUGUAUAUAAAGUCAGAUAGAGAAAAACAACUACUCUGCAGGAUUGACAAGAUAUGGGUCAACAGGAGUGGCGAAACGUACUUGAAUGGACCAUGGUAUAUCUAUCCAUCAGACAUAGAACACUCACCAACCCGUCUGUUUUACAAAAAUGAGGUGUUCGCCUGUGGUAUUGAGGACACCAUCAGUAUAGAUCGAGUUGCUGGCAAAUGUUCUAUACUUCAUAUAAAAGACUACCUAACCAAUCGUGUCACAGAAACACCAGAAGAAGAUGUGUAUCUUUGUGAAUCAAAAUACUUCGAGUUGGAGAAGAUGGUUAAGAAGCUGGGGAAAGGUCUUAAGAAAUAUGUAUUAUCUCCAAAAGUUACCGAUGAUGAGCUGUACUUCUUCAGGAAGCCCAUUACUCCUCAAAAGGUCGCUUCACCUCUACAAAACAACAACAACAACGUUCAUUAUGUCCUACCUCAUCAUCACCUCCACCCCACCCCACGACAACACCUUCAUCAUCAGGAGCCAUCGCCCUUGCUGUUGAAGGUUGUGGAUGUGCCCUACUUGGAUGGCGACGACUCCCAGGAUGGAGACACAGAGGCUGCUGAUGACACAUUAAAUGUGUCCAUGGAGGUCACACCUGUCCCGGAAAAACCUCCAAAAAAGACCGAGGAUGACCAUGGUAAAGAAAAAUGCCCCCCGAAAAAGAGUGAGGAUGAGCAUCCAAAAGAAAAAGUUGUCCUGAAAAAGAAUAAACUGACAGGGGCUAAGAGCAACAUGAAGAGACAAAUAAGUGGCUACAUUGUAUACUCGGGGGAGAUCCGCAAACACAUUCAACAGGAAAAUCCUGACUGUACAUUUGGGGAGAUAAGUCGUAUUGUGGGACUAAAGGAGAAGCCCCGUCGCCACCCAAGUGGUUACAUAUUGUUUUCCAAAGAAAUGCGCAAAGUGAUCACGCAAGAGGCCCCGUCUACAUCUUUUGGAGAAAUUAGUCGUUUAGUCGGAGAGAAGUGGAGGAAUUUGUCGAAGGAAGAAAAAGAAAAAUAUGAGGAAAAAGCAAAGAAGGUAGCAGAAGAGCAACAAGCCAAACAGCAGGAAGCAGAGCGAGCAUUCAAUGAAUCUCUCAAUCGCUCUCAGAGUCCUUGGGAUGGAGGCAGGGCUUCCCCCGGAUCGUCAGGUCGACCUAUCACCCCAGGAGGCUACCAGGGUCAAUACAAUUAUCAGGGCUAUGGUAUACCACAAGGUGCUCAGUCACAACAAUAUGCACCCAUGCAAGGUUUACACAAUGUCCCUACGCCGGGGAUGGUGCCGCGCCCAGGCCAGGGGAUGUCGCCCAUGACACCACAGCGCCAGUACAUGCCCUACACACAACAGUCAGGGAUGCGCCCUAUGUCUAUGGGACAGGGACCAUACCCUGGCAGCCCCCAGGGUCAGCCUCACACACCCCACCCAGGCAUGGCUAGUCCCCACCCUGCUAUGUCCCCGGGUCCCACCCCCGGGACUGUGGCAGUCUAUCCAGGAAUGCCUCCUAGUCCGCAUGCGGGUAUGCCACCCCAAAGCAUGGGUCAAGGUCCCCAAAUGGCACCUCCACCCCCUCCGCCACGUCCCCCAUCUCCAAUGUUUGUGAGUGUACCUCCGAGGACACAGAGGCUGCUGCAUUCCGAGGCAUACCUAAGAUAUAUUGAGGGACUUAGUGCUGACAAACCACACAUAAGUGAGUGGGAGAAAAACCUGUCUGCCAAUUCAGAUAAUACUCUUACUGAUGAGAGCCGUCUGCCUGCCCAUUGGCUGGCCCAGGGUGCUGGUUACCAUGGAAAUGUUACAGAUGCAUUAUGGGCAUUACGAGAUCUGAUGAUGAAGGACACAAUGAGCAUAUCUCGCACUCUACCAUUUGAGGCGCUCUGAGAAAAAGGUGGACAGGUCAAUACCAAUUAAAUUUACCUUCCAAUGCCACAAGCCCUGCCGACAAAUUUGUAGCUCUUCCGGAAUCGAAAGGGUAGCAUGACCUGUGUCAUGAAGUAGGUCGCUACAUAGUGUGACGACUGCUAGACGCGAGAGGGUUGGCUGUUGUUGCAUGUCGCGCCAGUGUUGUGAUGUACCACUAGUGGACUAGCUAUUUUGUGGGUCUUAAUGUUGAAUUUUUGUAGCGUCUAUGUGUUUGGAGUUGCCCUUGAUGUGUUCAACAUUGCAUUAGUUACAUUGAAAUCGUAGAGCGUGGUCAGCAUUUAGGCUCAUUAUUACCGUGAGACCACAAAGUACAACAAAGUGUGGACAUCAAAACCAGUGAUAGGCAAACAGCAAACUGAGUGGUGAGAGAUAUUGUGAUUUGGGCCAAGAACUAAAAAAAAAUUUAAGUUUAUGUUCAUGCCAUACUUCUGAAUCUUAUCUCAUUAUGAAGAUCAAAAUGGAAGAGACUACACAAAAAUCAAAAUGCAUACAAGUGAGCUUUAAAAAGAAUAGUUGAGAAAGACAAUUUCUGUAAAAUGGUUGCAAUAUACUUUAAGGAUCCUCAGUUGUAGCCAAAUGCUGAUUUAUUUAUUUUUAAGCCAUGCAAAGGCCAUCAUUAUCUCAAAACCAUUACAAAGGAAGACUCGAGAGAAGCAGAACUGGACCAAAAUGUAUUAGUACUUCGUUGUGAGUCUCAGGGAUAUGGAAGCAUUUAGUAUGUGUGUGUGGGUGUUUGUUAAACAAAAUGAGUAUUGAAUUGAUGUUAGGGUUAUUUCAGAAAUACAUUAUUUAUAUGGGAUGGAGCUGGGCAGGAGAUAAGGUUUUAAACAAACUUCCCUCAGUUAUUAUUUCUGGGUCCUUGGAUACAAUUAUAGCAAUUAUUUUAGAUGGACCCCACUACAAAUAAUUCAUGCCUCUCUCUGCCACCAUAAAUUUGUAGCUGGAACUACUUAUUUGAGUGAAUAUGUGUGUACAUGUGCUUCAUUAUGCUGGUGUUGAGGAGUGAAUUGGAUAAUUUGUUAGUAAGUAUGGAAAAUUAAAUAAUGUAUUGCAUAAUUUCAUAUUUAUAUUUAUAAUGAUGUGUUCAAAAACUAGUAAACAUUUUCAGAGUAAAACUUCCUACUUGAAUGAAUAUUGAGACUUGCAGUGAUAUUAUGUGAAGUGUAGUGUCUGGUUGGUAAAUGAAGUAUUUACUGCUAUGUCGGAGGCCUGGAUUACAUUUAAUGGCAGUUGAUAUGUACAAUACAAAGUCUGUUGAAUUCCAUUGCAUUAUAAAACAGUACACCAUAUAAUUUAUAAGUAUACUCUUACUUAUUAGUCUCUUAUUGAAUGGUUGAACAUUUGAAGCCUUCAAUGAUCUCUGUUGCAAAAUUAAAUUUACUUGCUACAUAUGCUUUACUGUAUUAUAUCAUAUCAGAAAGAGCUUCACUCUGAAAACAUCUGUAGCUGUUAUACAACCACCAGGAUAUUAUGUUAUUGUUGAGCAUGUAUCGAGUACAAAAUCACAUAUUUUCAAAAACUGCUACUGUCAUUUCUUUGCGACCUUUACUGGAUAUAAACUUAGAGGAAUUGAUCCUUUUGGGAUGUAAACUUAGAGGAAUUGACAUUGUAGCCAGAAAAAUGUAGCUUUCCAUUACCUCAUAGUAAUGGUAUGUAUUCCUCUAAAAACUGUUUUUCACCUAACCAUGAAUUAGACGAUAAAUACUCAAAUUUUGUCAGUAUUGUUGAUUUUAAUGUUCAUUAAUAUUGUUAGCCCAUCAUAACCUCAAUGUGUUCCUGUGUGGAUAAAGUGCAGUAUUUAGCAAAUCUUUAGAACCGCUAACUGUGAUGUCUCGGUUUCUUAACUACUUUCUCUUUUUUUUUCUUACAUAUAACUGACUUAUUUUAAGUGUUGUUCUAUAUUUAAGAUGCAUUUGGCAGACAAGAUGAAAUCUACUUUAUUUGUUGUCAUAGUAACACUGGUUGUAUCAUGUGACAUGUGUCUCUAGUCAUGUGAUCUUUAUUGUCUUGUGAUGCUAUUACACUAAACAUAGAUCAGAGGCAGGCUGAUAUAAUCCAAAACUGCUGACGAUAGAUUAAACAUGAAAAUUCCACACAAAUAAAUACACACUUUGGACAAAUAUGUUCUUUUCUAAACUCUAUAUUUUUACAAGUUCAGUUAUUACCUGUCUGAAUUUGAUCUUUAAAAGACAUUUUGAAUUAUCAGUGCUGAUAUAUACCAGUAUAUUUUGGUUUUGGAAAACUUUGGUGUUUGGAUUUUUAACUGUAAUGAGAGAUAGGACUACAUUGUGAGUGCUACUUCAAUCUGUUCAGGCUCACAGGUUUUUCCAUCUGUCAUGGUCUCUCUUUAUUGUAGGGAACUGUUUUAAGAUAGACUUGAAUAUUUACAAUUGUUCAUCAGCUUUUUGUAUUUGGUCCAAAAGAAUAGUAGGGUUAAAUCUAUAGAGAAUUUAAUAAAUAUUUACAAGAUUA